UCUCGUCAAAUAUGGCGCGGCGGGCAGGACGCAGGCUGCUGCUGCUGCUACUGCAGCUGCUGCGGCUGCUGUGAUUCAAAGAGAAAAAAGACGAUUUUGUUUGUUUGGUUGUCAAUUUUAUUUUGACUAAAAAAAAACAAGCACGUUGCGUUUUUUAGUCGUCGCAACGCCGCUAAAUUAACGCUCGGAGUGUUUUUUUGUUUGUUGCUAUUAAGCCAUUAGCAUUGCCUCCCGUCAAAGUGUUGAGAGAGGAGGGGACAUCGUCCAUCGCAGAGUCCGGCCCCCUCUCGUGUCGCCGCCGCCGCUCUUUCUCUCUCGGUGGGAAAGCGACGAUGGUGAUGAUGAUGAUGGUGGCGAUAACGCUCUGGUCGUAACAACAACAACAGCAGCAGCAGCAAGCGAUCAGACAACAGCAAGGUCGAAGAGAUCAGGCGAGACGUGUAACGCACAAGCGGGAAAAGAUGAACGCACAGAGCCCUCCCGGGUGCCGCUUUGUUGACUAUUUCGUGGUGUGCGGACUGGACCCCGACACGGGCUUGGAGGCCGACGAGCUCGCAGCUCUGAUCGAGUGGCUGAAGGAUGAAAAAAGCGGAGCCCCUGUGGCUGCAGGUUCCAGAGAGGGAGGUGCUCAAGGAGAAGAUUUCGAGGCCAGCCCACUGCGGAGGACGUUUAAGUCGAAAGUCCUUGCUCAUUAUCCGAACAACGUGGAAUGGAACCUCUUUGACCAGGAUGCAGUUGGCAUGCUGUGCAUGCCCCGGGGCCUGUCGUUCCGGACACAGGCCGACAGGCGCGACCCGGAGUUCCACUCGUUCCUUAUCACCCGCGAGGACGGCUCGCGCACCUACGGCUUUGCGCUCACCUUCUUCGAGGAGGUGCGCAGCGAGCCGAUCCGUGAGGCCAUGCAGACGCUGUACGCCAUGCACCGCGCCGAGCAGGUGGGCGGAGGUGGGUGCGGAGGCAGCGGCGGCCUCUACGGCGCCCCGUCGCCCGGCUGCAGCUCCGAUUCGCUCGUCACGUUGGCGGAGAGCACGAGCAGCGACUUUGGCGACACCGACUCGGCCACCGGACUCUCGACGUCCAUCCUCAGGAUGCGGCACAGCGCCUCGUACGACAGCUCGCGGGACACCCUCUUCACGUCCAAGUGCAUCUGCCUCAUCGCGCCGAUGCCCUUCGUUCAGGCGUGCCGCAAGGCGCUGACGCAGCUGCACACGGCGGUGACGUCACCCCAGCCUCCGCCGCUCCCGCUCGAAAGCUACGUGUACAACCUGCUCUACGAGGUGCCCCUGCCGCCACUCGGCCGCUCCCUGCGUUUCUCCUCCGUCUACAUGCCCCCCGUGGUGUGCCAGCGGCCCGGCCCCCACGAGCUGCCUCUCUUCGACUACUGCCUGCGCGAGGUCUUCGAGCUGCUGGGCCUGGAGAAUGUGGUGCAGCUGUUCACCUGCGCGCUGCUCGAGCACCAGAUCCUGCUGCUAUCGCGCGACUACCAGCGGCUGAUGGUGGUGGCAGAGGGCAUCAUGGUGCUGCUCUUCCCAUUCAGCUGGCAGCACGUGUACGUGCCCAUCCUGCCGGCAUCGCUUCUGCACUUCCUCGACGCUCCCGUACCGUACCUCAUGGGGCUGCAGAUCGAUGGUGAAAUGGGCCGCAAUGGGCUGGAGCUCCCUCAAGAGGCGAGCUUGUGCCUGGUCGACGUUGACAACCGCAGCCUGGAGCUGCCCGAGGAGCUGCCCCAGUUCCCCAACAAGCUCGAGUUUGUCCAGGAGCUCUCCGAGGUGCUGCUACGCUUCGGCGUUCCGCCCGAGGGGAGUCUGCACUGCAGCGACAGCGCCGCUCACCUACGCAGCCUGUCGCUGCUCGGCCAGACUACGACCUCCCCUCCUGCGUUGGGGAACCGCCUGGGAACGCUGCCGACGCUUGGCAACCAGAACCAUCUUACGAGCGAGGACCGGCGGAACGGAAACGUGGUGCCAAACCCGCGCGGGAUGGAGGAACUGCUGAAGGGAAACGAAACGCUGGCGCGCGUGCAGGCGAUAGCGAAGAGGACUGGGUUGAAUUUUGACAUUUCUUACUCGCUGAAGCGUCAAGGAAGUGAAAACCGCUUGGAAGGUCGAGGGGAAGGCUUCGACGGUUCGGAGGCAAGCCAAGAGCUGCUAGAGCAGAAGUUGAACAUUCACGUGCGGGAGGUCUUCGCCAACCAGUUCACGCAGCUGUUCGCCGACUACGAGGCCUUCGUCAUCCAGCCCACGCAGGACAUGGAGGCGUGGAUCACGAGCAGAGAAAACAUGCAGAACUUCGACAAGGCUUCGUUCCUGUCGGAUCAGCCCGAGCCCUAUCUGCCCUUCCUGUCGAGCUUCAUCGAGACGCAGAUGUUCGCGACGUUCAUCGACAACAAGAUCCUGGCGCAGUGGGAGGAGAAAGAGUCGCUGCUGCGAGUGUUUGACGCGCGCGUAGAGAAGAUGCGCGUGUACGGCGUGCGGGCGCCACUGCUCCGCACGUCCACCUACCAGAAGUGCACCAGCACUCGGGAGGCAGAACAAGCUUUGGAGCAGCGACUUUCAAAGAUUGACCACACGGCUGUCCACCCACACCUCCUGGACAUGAAGAUCGGACAGGGCAAAUACGAGCAGGGCUUUUUCCCACGUUUGCAAGCGGAGGUGCUCGCUACCGGACCCACCAGCGAGAAAUCGUCGAAGAGAAGCUCCUCGGCCCAGUGGAGGAGGCGGGACAGGCUGAGGCAGCACUCGGAACACCUGCAGCUUGACAACGACCAGAGGGAGCGCUACAUCCAGGAGGCACGGAGUCUGGGGAAGAGCGUUCGUCAGCCCAAGCUCUCCGAGCUGUCGCCCUCCGUCAUCGCGCAGACCAACUGGAAGUUUGUGGAGGGGCUGCUGAGAGAGUGCCGUCUCAAGACCAAGCGGAUGCUGGUGGAGAAGCUGGGCCACGAGGCGGUGGAGCUGGGCCACGGGGAAGUGAACAUCACUGGCCUCGAGGAGAACACGCUGCUUGCCAGCCUCUGUGAUCUGCUGGAGAGGAUUUGGAGUCAUGGCCUGCAGGUCAAACAGGGGAAGUCUGCACUAUGGGCUCAUCUCCUGCGCUUUCAAGAGAAGGAAGAGAAAUUGGAGAGCAAUCCUGAGCCCGGCUCAACCGGCUCUGGAUUGGUUCCCGGGCAUGAAAGAAGAAAAUCCGAUGCCUCUCCGAUUAUGCCUCAGCUAAAAGUAUCGUUGACGCAAGACAUGAGGCACAUUCAGAAUAUGGGCGAGAUACACACUGACGUGGGGAGAGCGAGGGCCUGGGUGCGGCUCGCCAUGGAGAAGAAGCAACUCGCGAGGCACCUGAAGCAGCUGCUGUCCGACCAGGAGCUCACCAAGAAACUCUACAAGCGCUAUGCCUUCCUUCGGUGCGACGAUGAAAAGGAGCAGUUCUUGUAUCACCUUUUGUCCUUCACCACCGUCGAGUAUUUCUGCUUCACCAAUGCCUUCAGCUCCAUCGUGAUGCCGUACCGCGUGCUCAUCGUGCCCAGCAAGAAACUGGGAGGCUCCCUCACCACGGCCAACCCGUGGAUCUGUGUAUCUGGGGAACAGGGAGAGACGGGAGUCAUGCCUGUGCCGAAAAACGUGCUUGAGAUGACAUUUGAGUGCCCGAAUCUGGGGAAGCUGACGACCCUGCAGAUCGGUCACGACAAUGCCGGGCUCAUGGCAAAGUGGUUGGUGGACUGCGUCCUUGUACGGAACGAGAUUACCAGCCACACGUACAGGUUCCCUUGCGGCCGGUGGCUGGGCCGUGGUGUGGAUGACGGCAGCUUGGAGAGGAUACUGGUCGGGGAGCUGGUGACAGUGGACGGUUCGGCAGAGGACAUCACGCGAAACAAUCGCGCAACCUCUCCUCAGAACCCCCUGCCCAUGCCGAGCAGGAAGAUGGGCAUCGCAAACAAAUUCAAGUUGGACACAGGCCAAAUACAGGAGGCUGUUGGAGAAGCAGUUAACAGCCUCGUAAAACACUUCCACAAGCCAGAGAGAGAGAGGGGCAGUCUCACUCCACUGCUGUGUGGAGAAGGAGGCCUGGUCUCUGCCCUCGAGCAGGUUUUUCACCACGGCUUCAAGUCUUCUCGUCUCUUCCAGAGAACCGUUUUUCUCUGGGACCUCCUGGAAGUAUGCGUUCACCUGGAGAGCCUGGGGGAUGGGGACGGCAUCCAGGAAGAGCCCACGCCCGUGCGCAACAGUCGCAGCGGAUUCUGCCGCAUCGUCAACUCCAUCAACACCUCGCGGCGCAACAUCGGCAAGGACGACAAGUUUCAGCUACUCAUCUGCCUGGGGGCCAGGGACCACCAGCUGCACCGGUGGCUUCCCCUGAUUGUGUCAAGCCCGGCGACGAUGCAGCUGUACGAGGAGUGCGCGAUGCUGCGCGACCACUCGUUUGUCAACGCGCUCAUCCGCGUCUUGCAGAGCCUCCAGGAGUUCAACAUCAACCUGGAAGCGUCGCUCACCAAGGGGCUGGAGCUCUGACGGCAACCGCAUCCUCUGAACAGCGUUUCAUUCAUUUCCCAGAAUUAAGAAAACCGUUUUACGGUUAAAAGAAAGUUUGAAUUCAGGUAAACGUGUACAGCUUUUUUUUCCCGUCUAAUUUUUUACAUUUACGCUGAAAAUGAAUUAAGGUUGAUUCAACGAGAAGACCCUUGGCAUUCGCGGUUUGUGUUGGGCUUGCCCACCUGCCCCUCUUCCCCAUCACAUUAUUUAGUUCAGAGAAGACUUGAGUUUAUUUAUGAUACAAAGAGAUUGUGUGUUAUGCUAGGUCUGUGAGAAAUCCACACCUGCCAUGUGCUUGCUUGAUCAUCUGGCUGAUGAAGAUGCACAAUCUUUAAAUGAAACUGAUGGGGUCUGUGUGGUCCCCCUGGGCUGCCUGACCAAUUGUGCGUGAAUCAUCAUACUGUAUUGCGAAACUGUACAUCUCACUUUAAUGCUUUUCCUUUCCGAUGACGUAGGUGUACGUACGUUUUUUCUUACGCUUCCGUUCCGAUUCCGUUCCGAUUAUACGUUUACGUCAUCGGAACGGAAUCGAUUCUGAACUGAAAUCGAUUCCGAUUCUUAACUGAAAUCGAUUCCGAUUCAGAAUCGUAAGUAAAAGACCAUUCGGAAGGGGCGUAUUCUUAGGUUUUUUCGGUAAAGUCACGUGACUUUACCGAAAAACCUAAGAAUAUGAAUCCUUUCAGUCACGAAAGCUUCAAAUCUAGAAUUAACGGAAGGGGCGUGUGGCACAGUUUGGUACCAGCUAUCAUAGAGUGCGGUCCUGUCGCUCCGUUAACCGUUUGCACGUUCUGAGAUUUAGUGGUGAACGGGACACCCACCCUGCAACUUGCAGACGUCUCGGAACGGGAGAAGGGUUAAUUGCAAAUUAGGAGCAGGCUUUGAGGGUGGGGUGGUGGUUGUGAGUGUAAUGCAUUGCAGUGCAGGGUCAGUCAUGUACGAAUCAAAGGAUUACAAACUUAAGAAAUUAGAGGUGGUGUGGGGGGUUUGUAAAUGCACUUCUGAAGUGAUGUCAGGACACUGUAAACAUACUCUCCCCCAAGAAAACCACUUCAUGCCGCUGCAGCGUUACACCCGCAUCACUGGCCCUCAACGCUCUGUGGCUCAAUGUAUUCCAGAAUCAGAAAUUAGCAAGUCUGCAUUCCAGCGUGUUUUGUUAACGAAUACAAAAAAAAUGUAUAGGCGACGUAUUGGUUAUCGAUCUCUCGCAUCACGUGGGAAAGGAUGAUCAAAUUUAAUUCCUUCACCAAAACAAAGGGGGGAACUUGCAGUAUAUAUGAAAUAAAAACAGGUGAAUCAUUACAGAAUGUAACAAAUGUAUGACGACGCUAAUCCACGUGUAAUGUUAUUGUUUAGGCUUUCAAGCAGUGUUAUUUUCAUGUUUUGUUUACAAGAGAUGGAUGUCACUUAAGUCUUGUUCAUCCAGGUAUAAUCAACAAGUGCUGCCGGAGAAAUCCCGCCAGCCCAUUGCUGUUCUCGUAAAACAAGUCAAUCAAAUUUGAGACUGAUUUAAGCCAUGUGUACUUUAAGCUAUACCUUUGCAGUAAUCUGUGUAAAAUACAUUUACGUAAUUUCCUAAAGCGAAAUCAAAAGACAAUUCCCCCCCCCUCCACCCCAUUAUUUAAUUCUAAGCAAUGCAAAUGUGAACCUUGUGUAGUCAUUUGCUAUAACGCAAAUGCCGUGUACCCAUAACCCCUUGAACAGUUAUAAGCUUUAUUGAAUGUAACAGUAACAAGUACACAUCUGCCAGCUUAGUUUUAUACAUGAACAAAAUUGUACAACAUGUAACUUAUUCAAAACUAGGUUUUCGUCCAUGUAGGAAUCGGUACCUGUUUAAAAAAACACGUCUGCUGUAACUUUGCGAUUUAUUUUUUUUGUCUUGCAAGAAAUUUUGCCGUCUGCCUGUUCCUUUUGUGUGUUGUGAAAUUGUCAAGAGUGCUUCGUUUAAUUUAAGCUGUUUAGUUUGAAAUAAAAAACUUUGCAACUUGAA